CAGCCACAUCUGGAUUCCCUCCAGGACAGAGGAAGAUGGUGGUGCAUCUUGUUUAGGUGAUUCUCAUGUACAGUCAAGGCUAAGAACUACUGCUCUAACUUCUUCUAAAUCCUCACUACUCUUAGUGUGAUCUAAAGACUUCACUUUGAAAGGUAAGGACUCAAUAAGCUUUGAUUUCCGGGAGGUGGAGAAGAAUUUGAGGUUGGUACUAGACUGGGGGUGAGCUAGGGAGAUGGAAGUGGGGUCAACGGGCAGCAAUGAUGGUGGGUGUUUGGGAAGAAAGGUGCUUCAUUUUAACAGGAAAAGAUUAGAGGAAGGGAAGAUACAGAAGUGUUCUCCAGAAGAAACAUAGACGAAGAGUAGGGUCUUGGUAAUGGAGCUUGUUGGGCUGGGUAGGUUGGGUUCUUAACUGCUGCUUCUAUAGGAAAGUCUUUGAACUUGGAGGAUUUAAGAAACAUGAAGGAGAAGGUGCAGGACACAGUGAGUGGUCCCCAGGAUCUGCCUGAAGAGGAGCGAGAUGUGCUAAGCUACCUCACUAAGUGCCUCACCACAGAUGAGGAGCUGAAGGAUCUAGAUGAAAAAGUGUUUAAAGUCCUGACCUCCGAUGAGCUGCAGAUGGAGGGCCCAGCAGGUCCUCUCCUGAGUAGCCUUUUUAAUGCUGCUGGCAUCUUGGUUGAGGCAUGCGUAGAAGCCAUUCUGGAGUUCCUGGAAGCCUUGAAGGAGCUGUCUGAGGAGAAGGAGCUUAUGGCUGAGACCCUGAAGAAGGGGACCCUGCCCCUGAUGAAGGACCGGGUGGAGUCUAUCCUGGAGCAGAACUGGGGUGAGCAGCCCUGUGAUGUGGGCUGUGCCUUUGAGACUCUCUAUGCCCUCUAUGUUGCUGUCUCCAUCCUGCUGCAGCUGAGUGAGAAGCCUGCCUCUGUGCCUUCCUGUUAGCUCUUUUUUUUUUUCAAUCCUCACCCGAGAAUAUUUUUUCCAUUGAUUUCUAGAG